GCCACCCCAGGGCAGGCUGCACGCGUGCCUAGCGUCCCUCAGCACCCAUACCGCCUGGCACCCCCGGCACCGCCACCCUCCACACACACACAAUUAAAAAAAACCUGCAGCCCCCGGUUUCUCUAGAGGAGGCAUAGAGAGAAGCAAAGGCAGGAUGGGACGAGCAGGGAGAAAGCUCCUGCUGCACCGGAGCCACCAGUCCUCGGGAGAGCGCGCCAGCCCCCGCCUGCCUGUGGACUGACUGCAAGGUUACCUAGCAUCCUGGGCCACACAGACGAUGUGGGAUGGAGGUGCCAGAACUCAACUGCCCUGCCUCACCUGCCAGGGAUCAGCCAGCUCUUGCCCCUGGGACUCCAGCGGCCCCAGGUCAGCAGGCCUCACCACACCUGACUCUGGGCCCCAUCAUUCUGCCGCCAGAGCAGAGCCUGGCUCCCACUGUGUUCCUGAAGGCGCUGCCCAUCCCACUGUACCACACAGUGCCUCCUGGGGGUCUCCAGCCACGUGCCCCCCUGGUGACGGGCAGUGUGGACGGGGGCAGCGUACCCUUCAUCCUCAGCCCCCUGCUGCAGCCUGAAGGCCCUGGCCCUGCCCAGGUCGGGAAGCCAGUGACCCCAACGGUCACUGUGAACAUCGUGGGCACCCUCCCUGUCCUGUCACCGGGGCCCACGCUGGGCAGUCCGGGGAAGGCGCGUAAAGCUGGCAAGUACCUGUGCCCACACUGCGGCCGGGACUGCCUGAAACCCAGUGUGCUGGAGAAGCACGUUCGAUCCCACACCGGAGAGAGGCCCUUCCCGUGUGCCACCUGUGGCAUCGCCUUCAAGACCCAGAGCAACCUGUACAAGCACAGGCGCACCCAGACGCACCUCAACAACUCCCGGCUGUCUGUGGGCUCCGACGGUGCGGGGGGCAGCCUCCUGGAGGAGGGCGACAAGGCCGCAGAGACCCCCGGAGCAGCCGGCAGGGGGGACAGUGGGAGCGUCGGUGGGGGUGAUGGGGCUCGAUCAGAGAGACCCCUUUCUCCAGGUGUCCAGGGUUCCGGGCACUGCCUGGUGCCCCCCAUGCAUCUGCCCCCAAUUGCCAAGAGCCUAGAUCUGCAGGCGGAAGCUCUUUUCUGUCCAGUGUCCACACUGGCUGACAGAGAGGCCCCGCUGGACGCUACCCACGCAGCUCCCGUUGGGACCCCCCUGGGCAGCGCUCAGUGCGGGCGCAAGCCGCCGGGGCAGAAGUCUCCCACAGCCAGCAGGGGCAGCCCCCCGCACAGCCUGUUGGAUCACAGUGUAGAGUCCGAGAGGGAGGGCGCCCCACGGCCUGGGGGCGCCAGGGCUGAGCCGGGAGGGCAGGAGCCCAGCCUGGAGCUGGAGAAGCGGCAGCUGGAGGAACGCAUCGCCCGGCUCAUCUCCCACAACCAGGCUGUGGUGGACGAUCCCCAGCUGGACCACGUGCGGCCCCGCAAGACCGUCCUGUCCAAGCAGGGCAGCAUUGACCUGCCCGUGCCCUACACCUACAAGGACUCCUUCCACUUCGAGAUCCGGGCACUGGGCCCGGGACGCAGGAGGCACGGGGCCCUCUGCCCCACCCGCUCCACCUGCAUGGCCUCUGACAGGGUGCAGCCCCUCCUCUUCCACUCUGUCCCCACUCAGCUCUCCACCACCGUCGAAUGCGUGCCUGUCACCAGGAGCCACUCGCUGCCCUUCGUCGAGGGCACCAGGACUUGGCAGGAGCCGCUGGAUCCCCAGGACACCCGUCCCGGGAGGCGGGGGCCUCUGAGCCCCAGGUCUGUCCCCGCCCGACUGGGGGAGGUCCCCGGCAGCCACCCCCGGGCCCUGCCGGACCUGCCUGUGCUGGAGGAGGCGGUGGGGGGCGAGGGCGCAGCCCCUUCUCAGGACGGGAGGACCCCUGCUUGUGGGGACACUUCUGUGGUGGCCAGGCCAGGGCCUGGGGAAAGUCCACCAGCCGCAGGAGGCUUCUUGGUGACCAAGCCCCCCAAGCAGAGGGAGCCAGUGGCCAGAGCAAGAGGCAGUGAAGGGCCCGGGGUGGGCAGGGCCCCGUCACCUCCCGCCCUCAGCAUCCAGGAACCCUGGUGUCUGCACAGCACGAGCUUUGUACUUCAUCCAAAUGGGAGGCCGGAGCUGGGGAGUCAGCUGCCCCCCGUCUCUCGUCCCCUCAAAGGUGGGGACCUGGAGGCUCCCAGGCUGGUUUUUCCAGACCCCAAGCUGGAAGGAGGCCCCAGGAGUGGCGGGGACACCCAGGGGCCCUGGCAGCAGGCCCUCGCGGUCCCGACACCGCCCAGCCGGAGCUCUGGGGAGCCCCAGCCUGCAGGGGACAAGCUGCCCUCGGAGAAGAAGAAGCUGCGGGUGGAGCAGCUGGGGUCUCUGGGAGUGAGAGACCAGGCCCCCGGGGGCCCAGCGCAGGACAGCUCCCCACCCUCCUUGAACCAGGACAGUGACUCUGGGGACAGGCUGCACACGAGUGCCGACGGCAGGGGGGCCUCUGGUACAUCUUUCUCUGCGCCCUUGGUGGCCCUGCGACCUGCGGGGCCCGGGCCCAAGGCGCCGGUCUGUGGUCCUGCAGCUGGAGCCCCUGGGGGCACCGCCUCCCUGCCUGCCCAGCCUUCAGACACCACCUUCCCCCCCAAGUACCUGCUCAGGUUACCGCAGGGAGAGACCCCGCAGCUGCUGGCUGGUGACCCGGAGCGCAGCCAGGGCCCUCUCUGCAGGAGCGAGCUGCCCCAGGACCCGACCUCCUCUGCUGGGCCAGGGCUGGGGACCCUCCCAGCCACCCGCCUGGCCCCAGGUGGAGCCAACAACUUCGGGGAGGACUCCAGCUGGCCCAGGCUGUGGGACAGGAGAAAGGAGGUACCAGGAGAAGAGAAAGGAGAUUUGGACACCAGCACCCCCGCGGCCGGGGAGUCUCCGGGCUGGAGUGUUGGGGUCCCCAGGGAGACAGCCUCUGCCCUGCCCACCCCUCCUUGUGACCCCGGGAGGAGUGAGACCCGAGACGCUGGACAGCUCUGUGUGGGCAGCAUGUGGGCAAGGGCCUGGCCCUCUGGGGGUGUCCUGAGCCCCUGGACACUCAGCAGGGAAGUGGCAGGGUCUCCAGGGCCCCUCGCGGGGCACCGUCCCUGCCGCCCCCUCGAGCCCAGCUCCAUCCUACCGGCCCCCCUGCCCUCGGGCUGCCCUGAGCGGGCCUGGAGCAGGAUCUCCGAGAGCUCGGGCCUCUGCGGGCCCCAGGGCCCCUUCCCCUUGUUGCGGGCCGAGCCCCGGCUCACCUGGUGCUGCUUGAGCGGCAGCCUGCCUCUGCCCAGGGAGCAGAAGGAGAGGGCCACGUCCGCGUACUGGGCGCUGCACUGCCCUGGGAGCAGUGCCCCGGCCCAGGGUGCAGAUGUCCGGCCGGUGAGCAAGGCAGAGUCGGGACGGCGGACUGGGACCAGUCCUGCAGGAGGAGGGGAGACGCAGCCAUGGAAGCUCUCCUGCCCAACAGCCCCAGGGAUGACAUCCGGGGACCCGGGGUCUGAGCCGGGCUGGACGAAGGGACCACCUCGGAGGAGGGCGAAGAUGUGCCGGGGGAGCAGCAAGCAGAAAGCACUGAGAAGGUACAGAGGGAGUUUCUUGCAGGGUCGAGUUCGACUCAGAGCGAGUAGACUACGCAAGCCACUCUGGGUGCUGAGAAGAGACUGCCACCUUCCCCAACUCGAGGGGCUGGACCCACGCAGGACCCUAGGGCAGGCUUCUUCUGAAAUGGCAGGGCUAAGUCUGCAAGGGGAGUCAUCUUGUGCCGCCACAGCAUCACCUCUUGGUUGUGGGGACAGAGAGAAGGAGGAGAAGGCCUGGAGACCAACCCCAGGAGGCAGCUUUCCCAGCACAAGGCCAAGGGCUGUGAGGGACAGAGACACCUGGACUGUGCAGGAUACCGUUCCCUCUGCCGGCGCGUGUGGUGACCGUUGUCCUCAGAACGCUGCAGUGGGGUCAGGACUGGCCCUGCCAUCCGACUCCCGCAUGCACAUGGGUGACCACAGCCUUCCCUCCUGUGGCAAAGGUCUCGACCCGGGGAUGCCUGAGACUCAGCGGCUGCCUUCCCAGGAGCCAGUCUCGGCAGAUCCCAAACCACGCGCUUUCUCAGAAGCUCAGGAGCCUUUAGCCUUUGAGUCCAAAGGAAGCUCUCCCCGCCAUGACACUGCUACCUCUGUGGCUGCCAUUGGUACUUCUCUGGGGACAGGAGGAGGUCACACCACCCCGGGAGCUCCCAGUGCAGAGCCACAAGGCCAAGGCCGGGCUGCAGGGGAGACGCAGACACAGAGCUCCCCUGCCAGCAAAGCUCUGGCCCAGGGCCUGUCUCCGUCACUCUGGCCAGGGAAGCCUUCCCCGGGGCGAAGACUUUCAGGUUCGGUCCCAUCGAGGUCACCUGGGAAAGCUCAUCCUGACACGCCAACCUCAGGGCCAGGACCAGCUGGUUCACAGCAAGAGGAAGGGAGGCCCGAGGUGUGCUGCCUCCCCGGGGGGCAGGAAGAAGGAGCUCCCCCGCCGGGGUGUGCUUUAGAGUGCGGGGAAGUGCUGGCCCCCCGCCCUCCUGCAGGAAAGGACACUGAGGAAACUCCAGAAUCCGGACUAAUGGCUCUGAAGGAUGGUGUGGUUCCCUCAACACCAGGGCAGCCUGCGGGUGCCCAGGAAGCCUCUUCAAAAACCAUCAAGAAGAGGAGUUUGGGAGGAAUGAGGAAGCAGACGCGAGUGGAGUUCAGCGACACCAGCAGCGACGACGAAGACCGGCUGGUGAUAGAGAUCUGACGCUCCCGGGCAGCGGGCGUCUGCGGUCGGACACUGGCCACGCUGCCGUGAAUGCCGUCUGCUGGCGGACUCCCGGGCCCUUGUCAUGAAGCACCAAACGAUUGGGAAAGCCAUGUUGGGUUCUUUCCAAGUCAUCCCCAACCAACUCCAAACCCCUGACUCAGCCUCACCCUUCCCAGACCCCCCUGGGCACACCCCGCUGGUGUCCGCAGGUGCCAGGAAGGGCAAAGGUGGCUGUGACCGCUUGGCACACGCGACUGUGGCUGGACUCCCAGGUAAGCUCUGCCUCAGUCCUCACUGCCUCCUCCGUAAAAUUGCACUAGCCACGGAAGCCACGUUUACCAACAAGGACACCCCACAGAGUCAAGGCAACGAAGUACUCAUUAGCAACUGGGGGUAA